CUGUUUCAUGCUUGAAGCCCCUGGACCCCCUGAUGCCUGGAGAAGGAGCCAGUUAUAAUACCCUUCUUUCCUGAGACCGGAUCACAUCUGAUGGUCAUCACAGGCUCUUGUCAAGUCAGGGACUCCACUACAUUGUUUGAAGAAGGAUAAGGUUGACUCUGCUUUGCUUCUUUCCGUAUUGAAGUCUCUUCCUCCUUGAUCAAGUUUAGUUAUAUCUUCUUACAGCAUAUGACGCACAGAAUUUCUCCUUCUUAGAAUGGAGCCGAGUAAAAAGAUGGACUCUGCUGGCUCGCUGCAGACCAACCCGCCGCUCAAGCCGCACCCUGACCGCAGCUCCGGGCCCUCGGUCUUCGUCCCCGAGCAGGGAGGUUACAAAGAAAGGUUUGUGAAGGCCGUGGAGGACAAGUACAAGUGCGAGAAGUGCCGCCUGGUGCUGUGCAACCCGAAGCAGACGGAGUGCGGACACCGGUUCUGUGAGACCUGCAUGGCCGCCGUGCUGAGCUCCUCAAGCCCCAAGUGCACUGCGUGUCAAGAGAGCAUCAUUAAAGACAAGGUGUUUAAGGAUAAUUGCUGCAAGAGAGAGAUUCUGGCUCUUCAGAUAUAUUGCAGGAAUGAAAGUCGAGGCUGUGCAGAGCAGCUCACGCUGGGACACCUGCUGGUGCAUUUGAGGAACGAUUGCCAGUUCGAAGAACUUCCGUGUGUUCGCGCUGACUGCAAAGAAAGAGAGUUGAGGAAAGACUUGCGUGAUCAUGUGGAAAAAGCCUGCAAAUACCGCGAGGCCACCUGCAGCCACUGCAAGAGUCAGGUCCCGAUGAUCACGCUGCAGAAACACGAAGACACUGAGUGUCCGUGUGUGGUGGUGUCCUGCCCUCAUAAGUGCAGCGUCCAGACCCUUCUGAGGAGCGAGUUGAGUGCACACUUGUCAGAGUGUGUCAAUGCCCCCAGCACCUGUAGUUUUAAGCGCUAUGGCUGCGUUUUUCAGGGGACAAACCAGCAGAUCAAGGCCCACGAGGCCAGCUCCGCGGUGCAGCACGUCAACCUGCUGAAGGAGUGGAGCAGCUCCCUGGAGAGAAAGGUGUCCUUGCUGCAGAAUGAGAGUGUGGAGAAGAACAAGAGCAUACAGAGUCUGCACAAUCAGAUAUGCAGCUUCGAAAUCGAAAUCGAGAGACAGAAGGAAAUGCUUCGAAAUAAUGAAUCCAAAAUACUUCAUUUGCAGCGAGUGAUAGACAGCCAGGCCGAGAAGCUGAGGGAGCUCGACCAGGAGAUGCGCCCGUUCCGGCAGAGCUGGGAGGAGGCCGGUGGCGUGAGGAGCAGCGUGGAGUCCCUGCAGAGCCGCGUGGCCGAGCUGGAGAGCGUGGACAAAGGCGCGGGGCAGGCGGUCCGGAACACAGGCCUGCUGGAGUCCCAGCUGAGCCGGCACGACCAGAUGCUGAGCGUGCACGACAUCCGCCUGGCGGACAUGGACCUGCGCUUCCAGGUUCUGGAGACCGCCAGCUACGACGGGGUGCUCAUCUGGAAGAUCCGGGACUACCGGCGGCGCAAGCAGGAGGCCGUCAUGGGGAAGACGCUGUCCCUGUACAGCCAGCCCUUCUACACCGGCUACUUCGGCUACAAGAUGUGCGCCCGGGUCUACCUGAACGGGGACGGCAUGGGGAAGGGGACGCACCUGUCGCUGUUUUUUGUCAUUAUGCGUGGGGAGUACGAUGCUCUGCUUCCUUGGCCCUUCAAGCAGAAAGUGACACUCAUGCUGAUGGAUCAGGGGUCCUCUCGGCGUCACUUGGGAGACGCGUUCAAACCGGACCCCAACAGCAGCAGCUUCAAGAAGCCCACCGGGGAGAUGAAUAUCGCCUCCGGCUGCCCAGUCUUCGUGGCCCAAACUGUGCUAGAAAACGGGACAUAUAUUAAAGAUGAUACCAUUUUUAUUAAGGUCAUAGUGGACACUUCGGAUCUGCCUGACCCCUGACGAGUCGCUGGGGAGGUGGACGGAGCAGAAGGUAACUC